GCUGAAUGUUAUCACUAUCUCUUUGAUGCUGCCAUCAAGCUUCACCAAUUGGGCUUGGACUGGUCUACUCCAUGCCACGGUUCUGUUCGCAAUGUCAACGGAACUUGUAGUUGUGGUGUUAAUAUGAUCAGGGGUUUGAAGGCAGGGACUCUUGGUAUAGAUUACACGAUUGAGCCUUUGCAACGAUGUAUUCUUCUUGACAUAGAAGGAACAACAACUCCUAUUUCUUUUGUUACUGGUGUUCUUUUCCCCUAUGUCAACAAUAACUUGGUUAAGCAUUUAGCAGCAUCAUAUGACUGUGAUGAAACUCAACAUGAUAUUAGUUUGCUGCGUUC